AUGUCAAAAGUGAAAACCGAACGUCAACAAGCAACCGCGACCCUUCGCAAAAAGCAGAAAAAAUGGGAAAAGACGUGGCAACAAUGUACCGCGAGACGAAUAGAAUCCGAGAUAAUCCGUAAAGGUAUUCAGGUGCCGUCUCUUUUCUUGUCGCUUGAAGAGCUAUUAGCUCCUUGCAAAAAAACUCGCACAAAAUCCACGACCCAACGCCCGCAAAACGAUUAUGUGAUAUACCGAAAGGAAGUGCAGGCGGAAACCUUGCAUUUUUUUCCCGACACAAAAUUCACUGACAUUUCCAAAAUCGCUUCCGAAAAAUGGGAAGCGGAAACGCAAGAACGACGAAAUUUUUUCACGUUUCUUGCGGCCAUUGGAAAUCUGAUACACAGUGAUGUUUUUCCUGAUUAUCAGUUUAAACCAAACUUAAAGAAAAAAACUCUUAAAUCAGAUACAAGACUCGAUAGAGAACUACAGCCAUGGGAACAAGCUGCUUCAAUGCCCCAACAGCGUAAUUCGUCGUCUGAUUGUUAUUUAUCAAACAUUCUGCCACGUUCAAGAAGUCGCCGAGUAUCAAUUGAGAUUGUUUGGCCGCGCAUUGAAAAGCCUCUUGUUUACAAUCCGCCUCAUGUUCGGCUAAGCCUUCCUGACGAUCCACUUAAAGCAUUUGCCGAGAUCGCUAUUGCAGAAGCCAUCAUGUUUAAUCCAAGCACAAUCAAUCACUUUCAAAAUAAUCUCUCAGCAAAGCAUACUUCUAUUAGAAUGUAA